GCUUUUUUAUCUAUAAAACCCUAACCCCAAAAUUGCCAAUCUCUGUGCUUCAAUCGAAGGGAAAAAAAGGAAAAAAGAAAGAAAACCCCAAAAAUGCUAGAGCUUAGGCUAGUUCAAGGUUCGCUUCUGAAGAAAGUAUUGGAAGCGAUUAAGGACUUGGUCAACGAUGCGAACUUUGACUGUUCGGCGACCGGAUUCUCAUUGCAAGCCAUGGAUUCAAGCCACGUGGCUUUGGUGGCUCUGCUGCUCAGAUCGGAAGGUUUCGAGCACUAUCGUUGCGAUAGGAACCUUUCCAUGGGGAUGAAUCUCAAUAACAUGUCUAAGAUGAUGAAAUGUGCUGGUAAUGAUGAUAUCAUCACAAUCAAGGCUGAUGAUGGCAGUGAUACUGUUACUUUCAUGUUCGAAAGUCCCACACAAGACAAGAUAUCGGAUUUUGAGAUGAAGCUGAUGGAUAUUGAUAGUGAACACCUUGGGAUUCCAGAGGCAGAGUAUCAAUCUAUUGUGAGGAUGCCUUCAGCUGAGUUUGCUAGGAUUUGUAAAGAUCUUGCUAGCAUUGGUGAUACUGUUGUUAUCUCUGUAACCAAGGAAGGUGUGAAAUUUUCCACAAGAGGUGAUAUCGGAACUGCUAAUAUCGUUCUCAGGCAAAAUACCACGGUAGACAAACCUGAAGAAGCGACUAUCAUAGAGAUGAACGAGCCCGUUUCAUUGACAUUUGCAUUGAGGUACAUGAAUUCAUUUACAAAAGCAACUCCAUUGUCGAGUACGGUGACGAUUAGCUUAUCUUCGGAAUUGCCAGUUGUGGUUGAGUACAAGAUAGCUGAAAUGGGUCAUAUUAGGUUUUACUUGGCACCCAAGAUUGAAGAGGAUGAAGAUGAGACUAACCCAAAAGGUUAACUUGAUUAAAAAAAAAUUUGGGGUUGGAUUUAGUUUUCUUGGUACACUGAAAAUGGGUAUUUGAUGUUUAUGCCAUUAAUGGUUUUCAUUGGGGGUUUUCUACUUUAGGGUUUCAAGUUUGUAGCUGAACAUAAAGUAGUUUAGGAUUUUGAUGGAUGAUAAGUUAUUUGUUGCAUUUUUUUAAUCUUGUUUGUCUUUACUUCUAUUGCAACUUAAUAGUUUCUCUUUAA